UGUUUGUAAGAGUUGAGCGCUUGUAUUUUGUAUGUUUAUACUUAUAUUUCCUCUUUUUUCUGAAGGUUCUGUGUUCGGCAUGGCUAACGACAGGCUGAGGGCGUUAGAAGAUGUGGAGAAGGAGAUAGCUUUAGUGCUGCAGAGCGCAGGAACGAUCGUGCUGGAGCUUUCUAAAGAAAAGGCCAAUGCCAGUUUAUUAGACCGACAGCUAAACCAGUUCCAGACCUCCAUCAACAGAGUUGAGAGUGAACUGAGUGCACAGAUCCGGUAUCUGACACAGGUGGCAACAGGUCAGCCUCAUGAGGGAUCGACAUACUCGGCCAGAAAGGACUGUCAGAUGGCCCUAAACCGUGCAGAAUAUGCCCGCGUCAAACUGGGAGAGCUGGGACACACCUGCGAGAUGAUGAUUGAUCCGCAGACAUAAAGACAUAUUAAAUGGACUGUUGCAUUGUAAUAUAUGCCAGCUGACUUUAUAAUUAUCUACACGCAUCAAACCUUUCUGAAUACCAUCUACAAGCCAACAACACUUUUUGUUCUUCAUAAUCUAAAUAAAUUUUGUUUGAAAAAACUCAGUGAUUUAAAUAUCUCUCGUUGUAAUAUGACCUAAGCGUUUGUCUUAUUUACAAAUGUUACAUGCUUCGUAAUUUCCCGUGAUCACUUUUUUA